AUAACCAUGAAGAGUUCUUCAAUCUUCACUCUUGCCGGUCUGCUGACCUCUGUCGCUGGCCAUGGCUACCUCACCAUUCCGUCGAGCAGAACUAGACUAGGAUUUGAGGGUGGCAUUGAUACAUGCCCUGAGUGUACAAUUCUGGAGCCUGUAGACGCAUGGCCAGACCUUGAAGAGGCACAGGUCGGGCGCUCGGGUCCCUGUGGCUACAACGCCAGAGUCAGUGUCGACUAUAAUCAGCCAGGCGCUUACUGGGGUAAUUCCGUGGUCGCAACGUACGCUGCUGGAGACACUAUCGAUGUCCAAUGGUGUGUUGACCACAACGGUGACCAUGGCGGCAUGUUCACCUACGGCAUCUGCACCAAUCAAACCCUCGUCGACCUCUUCUUGGAUCCGAAUUAUCUUCCUACGAACGAUGAGAAACAAGCUGCCGAGGACUGCUUCCUCGCGGGCGAGCUGAAAUGCACAGAUGUCACAGGACAGACCUGCGGGUACAACCCUGACUGCCCGGCGGGCGAGGCCUGCUACAGGAACGAUUGGUUCACAUGCAACGCCUUCAAUGCUAACUCGAACCGCGGCUGUGAGGGUGUCGAUGGAGCGGCACUCAAUUCGUGCAAGACCACUAUCGCAGGUGGGUAUACUGUGACCAAGAAGAUUAAGAUCCCCAACUACUCGUCCGAGCAUACCCUGCUGCGUUGGAGGUGGAACAGCUACCAGACCGCACAAGUCUACCUCGGAUGCGCGGAUAUCGCAAUUACUGGAGGGUCAGGCUCCGGUUCUAGCUCGACAUCCACUUCCACCUCCACUUCCACCACAAGUGUCAAGACAUCCACAACGGUCUCCUCUGCAACCUCCUCCGCCACGUGUACCGCUGCCUCCACUGUCGCCGUCGCCUUCAAUGAGCUGGUCACGACGUCUUAUGGAGAGAAUGUUUACCUCACGGGCUCCAUUAGCCAGUUGAGCUCAUGGUCGAGCUCCUCAGCCAUCGCUCUCUCUGCUUCCUCGUACACCUCCUCUAACCCAUUGUGGACGGCCACAGUGAACCUGCCGGCUGGCACGACGUUUGAGUACAAAUUCCUCAAGAAGAAAUCCGAUGGUACUAUAGUGUGGGAGAGCGAUCCUAACCGGUCGUACACCGUUCCUACGGGCUGCGCAACUGCGGCUACGGUGACUGCCACUUGGAAAUAA